CUAAACAAGUAGUGGUAGGCGUAAAAAUCGCGUGGAAGUGUCGAAAUGUUUAAAUAAAUAUUAUUUUACUAAUUAUAACAUUCACCAGACACACACACACAAAUAUUGGCUUACGUAACACCUGCGUAUAUUAUAACACUCAUUAAGUAAUAUUUUCGCAACAAAAUAGUGUUUUUUUCACUUUUGCACGUUGUGCACUUUAUUUUUUCGCGUUUCUCACUUUUUUAGUUUUAAUCUUUAUAUUCUGUAAAAAGAAAUUACAUCACAAAUUGUUCAACCGAGUUAUCGCAUGCGUUUUAUCUUAAAAGGUACAGUAGUGAGUGAACUUGAACACGCCACUCGAAGCGUGGCGUUUAAUAAUAAUUUUCACAGUUUACGCUUUUAAUUAACAAUAUUUAGCUAAAAAAUAUUUAUUUACAAAAAACUAUAAACAAAAUGUUUGAAAUUAAAAACUUUGCCGAGUUAAUUGAGCCACAUCUUGAUUUAAUAGAUAAAUCAGUGAAAGUCGCAUUUUAUUCAACGAAAAAUCUUGUUCCUGUUGGUGAAAACUACGGAAGUGUUAUUCUAGCAGUGGAAGUAGUGCUUACAAAUGAAGAAAAGAAGCAACUUGUAGCAAAACUCAACCCAACAUCAGAAAUAUUCAAAAGAGUCUUCAAUAUUUCAAUUGCAUUCAAAAAAGAAGCUGAAUUUUACAGUGUUAUAGUUCCAAUCAUGCACAACUUCCAAAAAGAAAACAACGUUGACAUUUUGGACUCGUUUCCUAAAUUAUACGGAUACAGAUAUUCUCUAAGCAAAGAAGAAGAUGUGUUUGAUGAUGACGCAUGUUUUAUUAUGGAGAAUCUACGCUUUCAAGGUUAUUCAAGGCCAAACCGACGAGAAUUAUUCAAUUUACAGACUUCAGAAUAUAUUAUACGCAUGUUAGCAGAGUUCCAUGCACUUCCGGUGGCCAUUAAAAUGAACAAACCAGAUGUUUUCGAGAAAAUCAAGUCACAUCUACCUUUAAAUCCAACAGAUCCAGAAAUAACAGCGCAGCACUCUGCAAGAGUCAUGUCCAUGGUUGAAAAAUUCCUUCUUGAAGACCCGGAAACGGCGCCCUACACAGAAAAAGUGAUAAAAGUAAUGAAACAUGGCGUAGAUGAUUUCGUUCAGAUGAAAGUACUUGGUAGAGAGCCAUUCAACACAAUUGCACAUAACGAUGUUUGGAUUUCAAACAUUCUGCUUAAAUUCGACGAAACUGGAAAACCAAUUGGUAACAGAUUAGUGGAUUAUCAAACUGCAGCGUAUGGAAACCCAGCUAAUGAUGUUUUACUCUUUUUACAUUCAAGUACCAAGCCAGAAAUUAUUACAAAACAUUUUGAUCAAUUGAUUGAUAUUUAUUUUGAUGAAUUCAUCAACAAUUUGAAGAAAUAUAAAGUUGAUACGAAACAAUUUACAAAAGAAGCAUUUAUGGAAGAAAUGAACUUUGCUGCAAUGAAUAUGCAGCUGUAUCAUGUAAUAUUCUUGAGUGUAAGCGUGCAUUUUGAAGUACAAAAGAAGCAACAAGCGAAAAUCUUCUUAAAAAUGAUUGAAAUUAACAAAUUUGCUGAACUAGUUGAGCCAAACCUAAAGUUAUUGGAUAAAUCACUGAAAAUUGCAUCAUAUUCAACAAAAAAUCUUGUUCCUGUUGGUGAAAACUACGGAAGUGUUAUUCUAGCAGUGGAAGUAGUGCUUACAAAUGGAGAAAAGAAGCAACUUGUCGCAAAACUCAACCCACCUUCAGAAAUAUUCAAAAGAAUUUUCAAUAUUUCAAUUGCCUUCAAAAAAGAAGCUGAGUUUUACAGUGUUAUAGUUCCAAUCAUGCACAACUUCCAGAAAGAAAACAACGUCGCCAUUUUGGAUUCAUUUCCGAAAUCAUACGGAUAUAGAUAUUCUUUAAGCAAUGAUAAAAAUGCAUUUGAUGAGGAUGCGUGUCUUUUAAUGGAAAAUUUAAAGUUUCAAGGAUAUGUCAGUUCAAAUCGUCAACAAUUAUUUGAUUUAUCUACUUCUGAGUAUAUAGUACGUAUGUUAGCACAGUUUCAUGCACUUCCGGUGGCCAUUAAAUUGAAGAAACCUAAAGUUUUUGAAGAAAUAAAGGUACAUCUACCAUUGAAUCUUACUGAUCCAGAUAUUACAGCGAUGCAUUCUUCACGUGUCAUCGCUAUGGUGGAAAAAUUACUUCUUCAAGAUCCGGAAAUGGCGCCACAUGCAGAAAAAGUCAUAAAAUUACUGCAACAUGGCGUAAAUGAAUUUGUGCAGAUGAAAGUACUGGGUAAAGAGCCUUUCAAUACAAUUUCACAUAACGAUGUUUGGAUUACAAACAUAAUGCUUAAAUUUGACGAAACCGGAAAACCAAUUGGUAACAGAUUAGUAGAUUAUCAAAUGGCGGCGUAUGGAAACCCAGCUAAUGAUAUUUUAUUCUUUUUACAUUCAAGUAUCAAGCCUGAAAUUAUUACCGAACAUUUUGAUCAAUUGAUUGAUAUUUAUUUUGAAGAAUUCAUCGAGAAUUUGAAAAAAUAUCAAAUUGAUACAAAACAGUUCACAAAAGAAGCAUUCAUGGAAGAAAUUGACUUUGCAGCUAAAAAUAUGAAGUUGUAUCAUAUUCUAUUUAUGAUUGUUAAUGUUUUUCUAGAGGUGAAGAAAGAAGCAACAAAUGAAAACAUUCUUAAAGAUGAUUUGGCUUCCAGUGUCAAUUCUGGUUACAAUAAACAUUUAAAAGCAAUAAUUAACAAUUGGAUCAAACAUAAAUGGUUAUAAAUUGGUUAUAAAUCAACAAAACAUGUUUAUUUAAAUAUUAUCAAAAGUUUUAUUACAUUUUUUCGUUUUACUUUGAAAA